CACAGGAAACCAAAACUACUUCAACAAGGAUUUUGUAGCUUCUGUUUGCAUGCACAACACCCAGCAUCCUCAGGUGACAGAGGGACACUAGCUGCUACCUUUCUUUACCAUUUGGACAAGUUCAUAUUUUACCCAGCAGGCUGUGCAGAUGGACAGAGACAUGUCUGUGUCUCUGUGGUGUGAGGAGGUGGAGGACGAACAGAGUCAGGUCCAGAGCCAGACUGAGGCACCAGUACAGGGCCACACUGUGGGCUCGUCCCAGCUGCGGGCCGCCUGGGACCCCACUGUGUCUGGACAUCGUGUGAUCCAGAGGCUGCUUCAUGUGGAGGAGAGGUACAUGCCCUCCAUGCUCUACAUCACCCUCAUCCAGCGGGAUCCAGAGCGCAGGGAGGAGCUCGCCAAAUGGGCCCUGGAGGUGUGCUGUGAGUGUGGCUGUGAUGAGGCAGUGUUCCCCCUGUCUGUCUCUCUGAUGGACAGGUUCCUGUCUGCCUCUUUGUCUGUGCCUGUCUCACCAUACUGCCUAGCUGCCGGCUGCAUCCUCAUCGCCUCCAAACUCACAGAGUGCGACAACAUCACCGCUGAUACUCUGUGUGCUGCAGCUGAAUACAGCUUCCAGCCUUCGAACCUACGGGAGAUGGAGCGUGUCAUCCUCGCCACCCUCCGGUGGGACACAGCAGCAGUGACUCCGCAGGACUUCCUCCCACAUUUUCUUGCUUCCGUGGAGGAGAGAGGAGACGGAGACAGGCGUGACUCUGAGGAGGGGCUGCUCCCCACCCUCAGGCGGCACAGCGACACGCUGGCCGCCAUGUGUGCGUGUGACUCCCGCUUCCUGGGUGCACCUCCGUCACUUGUUGCUGCGGCAUCACUGAACUGUGCUCUGCGGGGCCUGAGCAACAAGGGCCCCGCUCAGCUGGCUGUGAUGAGUGAGGCACUGGCGGAGCUCUGCCAGGCUGACACGGUUGUGCUGCAGUGCUACAGUGACAUGAUCGAAUACGCCCUCAGACAGCGGCUCAGGAGCGGGCUGCAGCAGGGCCCCACGGAGAAGGAUGAAGAGGUGGAGCAUGAAAGACCCGGGACACCUACUGACAUGAGAGAGAUUGAUUUCUGAACACUGAAUCAACUGUUGCAUUGAAAGUGUGAAUCAAUCAAACCCUUUCAUCAAAGUUCAUCAGUCAAACUGAUAUAAAUUGAUUUUUGACCUCAAGAUGCUCUGACAUGUUUUUAUAUUUUGAAAUUACUUUACUGAGUGACUGUUAAUUUAUUUUUUGACUUUAUUUAUUCGUGAAGAAUUGUGCAACUAUAUGUUUUGCAUGUGCCAUAUUUUAAUAUCUAUUGUUGUUAUUUUUAUUGCAGGUCUAGAUGUAUUUUUUGAUGCUUAAUAUUUAUACUUUUUUAUUUAUUAUCGCGUGCAAUUGUUGGCUCUUAUGAUGUUAAUUUAUUUCAACUUGCCAUGACUUUGUGUUUGUGUACUGAAAUAAAUAUACAACAGAUA